AUGGAUCGUAAUCAUUGGAUGUACAAAACUGGGAGAUUUAACCCUGCAUAUUUGAGAGGCGUGCAAAGUUUUAUUAAGAUUGCUGAAGAUGAUCGUGUACUAAAAGGAAAUGAAUCAAUUCCGUGUCCUUGUAUGGAAUGCAAAAAUUUUACCGAAUUUAAAGAAAUAAAGGACAUCAGACAUCAUUUGAUUACAAAUGGUUUUAUGUAUAAUUAUACUUGUUGGUCAAAACAUGGGGAAUCACUUGCCAAUCGUAGCACAACAUCGACUAGUUCUGUUGGUUAUAAUGAUGAGAACAAUGAUUCAUACAUUAGUGAUGAUAAUGACAAUUUAAAUGACAGUGAUGACAAUUUAAACGAUAACAAUGAUAAUUUAAAAGACAUGUUCGAUGAUUUGGAAACUAAUAUUGGUGACAAUGAUCAAGAAAAACUACAACAGAUAUUUGCCGAUUCGGAAAAACCAUUAUAUACAGGUUGUGAAAACUAUUCUAAACUCAGUGCAGUGUUGAAAUUGUUCAACUUAAAGUCGAAGUACGGAUGGAGCGAUAAGAGUUUUACAAGUCUAUUAGUGGUUUUGAAUGACAUGCUUCCCAAAGACAACGAGUUACCCAUAUCCUUAUACCAAGCUAAAAAAAUGAUGUGUCCAAUGGGAUUAAAAGUUAAAAGAAUACAUGCAUGUCCGAAUGACUGUAUCCUAUAUAGAAAUGAGUUCGAAAACAGUCAUGAAUGUCCUACAUGUGGUGCAUCGAGGUACAAGCGAAAAAAAGAAGUUGCUGAAUAUGAUGACGAUGUGACGAAAAAUGGACCACCCGCUAAAUUGUUGUGGUAUUUUCCCAUUAUACCGAGACUUAAACGUUUAUUUGCUAAUGCUAAAGAAUCAAAAUUAUUGCGUUGGCAUUUUGAAGAUCGUAAAAAAGAUGGAAAGUUAAGACAUGUGGCGGAUUCACCUCAGUGGAGAAAUAUUGAUUAUAAAUUUCCAGAUUUUGGUACCGAGAUUAGAAAUAUACGGUUUGGUCUUAGUUCGGACGGUAUCAAUCCUUUUGCAAAUAUGAGUAGUCGUCAUAGUACUUGGCCGGUUCUUAUGUGCAUCUACAAUCUUCCACCAUGGUUAUGUAUGAAACGAAAAUACAUAAUGAUGUCGUUGUUAAUUCAAGGUCCAUACCAACCCGGUAAUGACAUUGAUGUUUAUUUAUCUCCUUUGAUUGAUGACAUGAAAACACUAUGGAGUACAGGCGUAAACAUGUAUGAUGCUUAUAAAAAAGAGAACUUUACUUUGAGAGCCAUGAUUUUUUGCACCAUAAGUGAUUUUCCAGCAUAUGGAAAUUUGUCAGGAUAUAGUACGAAAGGUAAAAAAGCUUGUCCAGUAUGUGAAGACGAAACAAGUUCGAUAUGGUUAAAUAAUUGCAGAAAAACCGUGUAUAUGGGACAUCGACGAUUUCUUCCCACUAACCACCGUUAUCGAAGAAAAACCAAAGAGUUUGAUGGAAAUACUGAGCUCCGAACGGUUCGGAAAGGGGGUUUUGAUGCAUAUUCGCGAGUUGAAGGUAUAAACACCGUGUUGGGAAAAAGAACUCGUACUGAGAAAGGAACUCGUACCAAGAAAGGAACUCGUACCAAGAAAGGAACUCGUACCAAGAAAGGAACUCGUACCAAGAAAGGAACUCGUACUGAGAAAGGAACUCAUAUCGAAAAUAGAGAUAAUUGGAAAAAAAGGUCAAUUUUUUGGGAUUUACCUUACUGGAAAUGUUUGGAAGUUCGACAUUGCCUAGAUGUUAUGCAUAUUGAAAAGAAUGUGUGUGAUAGUUUGUUGGGCUUAUUGCUAAAUAUUUCCGGAAAAACUAAAGAUGGUGUUAAUGCUCGUAAAGACAUGGAAGAGAUGGGAAUACGUAAAGAGCUUGCCCCUGUUGAGAGUGUGAAUGGUACUUAUCUCCCACCUGCAUUUUAUACUAUGUCAAAGGCAGAAAAAACAAAGUUUUGUAAAUGUUUACAUGAUAUUAAAGUCCCAUCUAGCUAUUCUGCAAAUAUUAAAAGUUUGGUGUCGAUGAAAGAGUGUAAAUUGCUUGGUAUGAAGUCUCAUGAUUGUCAUGUUUUAAUGACACAUAUGAUUCCUAUUGCAAUUCGUGGAUUAUUACCGGAGAACAUUCGACAUACAAUCACAAAACUUUGUUUGUUUUUUAACAUGAUUCACACAAAGGUUAUUGAUCCCGAAGUCUUGGACGAAUGGCAAAAGGAAAUUAUCAUUACCCUUUGUGAACUAGAGAUGCAUUUUCCACCGUCCUUUUUUGAUAUAAUGGUACACCUGAUAUCUCAUAUCGUACAAGAGAUUAAGGCUUGUGGUCCUGUAUUCCUACGUUACAUGUACCCUUUUGAAAGAUACAUGGGUUUCUUAAAAGGUUAUGUAAGAAACCGUAACCAUCCCGAGGGCAGUAUUGUUGAAGGAUAUAUUUGCGAAGAGGCGACCGAGUUCUGCACAGGUUAUUUGGAAGGUGUCGAAAGUAUUGGUGUUCCUAAAAGUCGUCAUUCAGGUCGACUUGCAGGUUUGGGAGUAGUUGGUAUGAAAAUAAUAGAUCCAGGCUAUGAGGAUCUACAACUUGCACAUUUUGUUGUUCUACAACAUAUGACAUGCAUUGCUUCAUAUAUUGAAGAACACAUGGAAAUAUUACGAUCGACGCAUUUGCAAAAGACAGAAAAAUGGUACAAAACUAAACAUAACGAACAGUUUUCUGAAUGGAUGAAGAACAAGGUGGCGAAAACUUACGAUCAACCAAAUGUUGAUAAAACUGUGCAAAAGUUGGGGCAGGGGCCAGAUUUUAGAGUAAAAUCAUACCAAGGGUAUGAUAUUAACGGUUAUACAUUUUACACUAAAAAUCAAGAUAAAAAAAGUGCAACGCAAAAUAGCGGAGUCACGUUAAUAGCCUCAGCUACAGAAUUUGACAGAGUUAAUCACGCCAAAAGAAUCGCCACAAACUCAUAUUAUGGUGUCAUAGAAGAAAUUUGGGAGUUAAAUUACGAUGAUAUCAUUAUACCUUUGUUAAAAUGUAAGUGGGUCGAUAAUCGUACAGGUGUUAAAGUUGAUGAAUAUGGUUUUACACUUGUCGAUCUUACCACUGAUGGGUAUAAAUCCGAACCAUUCAUUCUUGCAAGUCAAGCCACACAAGUGUUUUUUGUGAAUGACCCAAGCAAACCAAAAUACCAUAUAGUAUUGCAAAGUAAACGUCGUAUUCUUGGUGUUGAUCAUGUUGUUGAUGAGGAAGAGUACAACCAAUUUGAUGAGCUACCGCCAUUUUCAGUCGGUGUUCAAUCGAUAAACGAAUCUGCAACUGAUGGCGUCACAUACGUACGAUCCGACCACAACGAAAGGAUAUAUGUUGAAUAA